UGGUUUCAGUAUUGCUGGUGGUGUAGGAAAUCAGCAUAUACCUGGAGACAACAGCAUCUAUGUAACCAAAAUCAUUGAAGGCGGGGCAGCACAUAAAGAUGGCAAACUUCAGAUUGGAGACAAACUUUUAGCUGUGAACAGUGUUUGCUUAGAAGAAGUUACUCAUGAAGAAGCAGUGACUGCCUUAAAAAACACAUCUGACUUUGUUUAUCUGAAAGUUGCAAAACCCACCAGCAUGUUCAUGAAUGACAGUUAUGCCCCUCCUGACAUCACAAACUCUUAUUCUCAGCCGGUGGAUAACCAUAUCACUCCAUCUGCCUACUUGGGACAGUCCCUGCCCCCAGCAUCACCAGGGCGAUAUUCACCAAUUCCCAAGGGAAUGCUUGGGGAUGAUGAGAUUACCAGGGAGCCUCGAAAGGUCAUCCUGCAUCGAGGAUCAACAGGUCUUGGUUUCAACAUUGUUGGAGGAGAAGAUGGAGAAGGAAUUUUCAUCUCUUUCAUCCUUGCAGGAGGGCCAGCUGACCUGAGUGGAGAGCUUAGGAAAGGAGAUCGUAUAAUUUCUGUAAAUGGAGUAGAUCUAAAAGCAGCAACCCAUGAACAGGCAGCAGCAGCCCUCAAGAACGCAGGCCAAGCCGUAACUAUUGUAGCUCAGUACCGUCCAGAAGAAUACAGUCGUUUCGAAGCUAAAAUACAUGACUUACGGGAACAGAUGAUGAACAGUAGCAUUAGUUCAGGAUCAGGAUCUUUGCGAACCAGUCAGAAGAGAUCCCUAUAUGUCAGAGCUCUUUUUGAUUAUGACAAGACUAAAGAUAGCGGCCUUCCAAGUCAGGGAUUGAACUUCAAAUUUGGCGAUAUUCUCCAUGUCAUUAAUGCUUCUGAUGAUGAAUGGUGGCAAGCACGGCAGGUAACUCCAGAUGGAGAAAGUGAUGAAAUUGGAGUUAUCCCAAGCAAACGCAGAGUUGAGAAAAAAGAACGAGCCCGGUUAAAGACAGUGAAAUUCAAUUCCAAAACAAGAGGAGAUAAAGGGUCAUUCAAUGACAAGCGUAAAAAGAACCUCUUUUCCCGAAAAUUUCCCUUCUACAAGAACAAGGACCAGAGUGAGCAGGAAACCAGUGAUAUUGACCGUGGCCAAGAGGAAUAUGUCUUGUCAUAUGAACCCGUCAAUCAACAAGAAGUUAAUUACACUCGACCGGUGAUUGUUUUGGGACCCAUGAAGGACAGAAUAAAUGAUGAUCUGAUCUCAGAAUUUCCAGACAAGUUUGGCUCAUGUGUUCCACAUACUACUAGACCAAAACGAGAUUAUGAGGUGGAUGGACGUGAUUACCAUUUUGUCACUUCUCGAGAACAAAUGGAGAAGGAUAUUCAGGAUCACAAAUUCAUUGAAGCUGGCCAGUACAAUAAUCAUCUUUAUGGAACAAGUGUCCAGUCAGUGCGAGAAGUAGCAGAAAAGGGUAAACAUUGCAUUCUUGAUGUGUCUGGUAAUGCGAUCAAAAGGUUGCAGAUUGCCCAGCUGUACCCAAUCUCCAUUUUUAUUAAACCGAAAACAGUGGAAAAUAUCAUGGAAAUGAAUAAACGCUUAACGGAAGAGCAAGCCAGGAAGACCUUUGAGAGAGCCAUGAAACUGGAGCAAGAAUUUACUGAACACUUCACAGCUAUUGUCCAAGGAGACACACUGGAAGAAAUCUACAACCAAGUGAAACAGAUCAUAGAGGAACAGUCUGGGCCUUACAUCUGGGUUCCAGCAAAGGAAAAAUUAUGAAAACAGAUCUUUAUUUUUCAUAUUCUAACUGACAUCACCUACUACAUCUGACGACUCUUAAGCCCUUCCAGUGGAGCCUGCCUCUAGUUCUCUCCAGCGUGGUUCAUACCCUAACCAUCACAUUCUGCAGUUCCCAUAAUGCUUUACAUUUGGUGUCUCUCUUAGUUUAAAUAAUUUGUAUUAUCGUGUGUUGUUGGUUUGCCAUUUUUCAAACAUGACAGUGGAAUGGCCUGACCAGCUAUUAGUUUGGGGUGGGGGUGGGAGGGAAUUGCUUGGUAAAAUUCCUUAAUGUUUAAGGGAAAGUAACUUUCAAAGAAUUUUCAAAAAAGCUUUAUAGAGAUUCUUUUAAAAUUUCAUAACAAUUGAAUGAAAAGUUGUAUUCAAGGAAGUUGUAAAUCAUGAGUAAUUUUGCACGCUUAACUUUAAUAGCAUGGUUUGGUCAGGGCAAUCAAUUUCAGGUUUUAUUUUCCGAGUUAAAAUCUAUUCUCACAGUAUUUUUUUUUUUUUUUUUUUUUACUUUCCAGGCAGUUAGAAACUUUCUGUUUUGAGUUAACAUUUACAUUAAUUCCCAUUGCUAUUCCUCAAGGGAUAUUCAUUUUCAUAAUUUCAUAUGGAUAUUCUUAUAAUCUAUUUUUUCAUUUUUUUGCCAAUAAAAUUGCUAGGGACAAAGAUGUGUAAUGUUUUUAAUCUUCCUUGUGAAACACUAUUUAUAGUGUCUUACAGAAAUUGUUUAUAGAUAAUGGUCAUCACACUUUUUGAGCCUAAAGUAUGUUUAGGUGCUAGAAAACCUUGUAUUUUUCAGAGGAAUGCCAAAUUUCCAUUGGCAAUAAUACAGAAAACAGCUGCAGAGAUGGUCAUUAGGGCAAUGAGAGAAUGAUUCGUAGCCUAAAAAUGUGUGUGUACUUAGGGGUCAGAUUUUAAUGAAUAUUUUACCCACAAUAACUGCCUAUUUUGUUAUAA